ACAUGGCAGGACGUAAAAUCACACUGAUCUUUUCUUUACUGGCGAUCUUUUCAAAAGGUCAUACAUCUGGGAUACAAACACAGCACACUGUGCUGGCAGCAGUGGGAGAGAAGGCCUGCUUGAACUGUGAGCUCAUGCUUUCUAAAGACGUCCUUCAAGUCACAUGGCAGAUGAUCUCAGGAAGUUCAGAAAAAAAUAUGGCCACCUACAACAAGUACUUUGGCCAGAGAGUGAAUCCUGAGUUUACAAAGAAAGUGGAGUUUAAAAAUCCUGCACUACAGAACUGCUCCAUAGUCAUCAGGAACGUGACGGAGCAGGAUGAAGGCUGCUAUCGCUGUCUGUUUAACACUUAUCCUGAAGGAGCCUUCACAGGUAGAACCUGCCUCCACGUCUACGAGCUGCAUGAACCUGUCCUUGACGUCAGAGAGUCAAACUCUGCUGAAGAGUGGGUUGUUUCCUGUUCAGCCACUGGUCGACCUGCUCCCACUGUAACACUCAGUGUCUCACAACAAGACCUCAGCUUCUCACAGUACAACACUGUCAGUGUGUCCAACGCCAACGCUACAUUCACUGUCACCACUACAGCUGUGCUCUCAGGUUCACGUAAACACAGCACACAGGUGGGAUGUGCAGCACGAGUGCUCUCUGCCCCUCAGCGAGGGGUGACGGUGAUGAUUUACGAGGUCCAAAAGACACCUGAUGCUACUGAGGAUGGCUCUUAUGAGAAGAUCACAUCCCAUAGCAGUGAAUCAAAUUUCACCUGGAUCAUUGUAUUAGCUGUGGUGUCGGUGGUUGCAGUGUUAGUGGUGAUGUUGUAUGUGGUUCAUCGCGAUUGGAUCUCUGCUUUCUUCACUGCUCAUUUCAAACAACAAAACAAGACUGGGGACCCAGAGAAGACCAACACACCACUAAAAUCAAAGCAAGACAUUGAUGAGAACAAAACACCUUUAAUAGCGCACGAGAACGAGCAGCUCAGGCAGCGGACGUCUACAAAGAAAACUCCAAAAAACAUCAGCAGGAAAGUUUCACCUUCAGCAGCAAAAAGACUGUUUGGAGACGAUCAGUCAAUCAAAACUAAAAUAGAUGAACAAACUGCAUCACUGGCUGAUUAAAUAAAGAGGACCGUGUCAACAACAAAGAUUCCUACCUGAUAUUUCUAGACAACACUAAUAAGAAUUCAAUAAAGAGAGAUCAGUGGGAAGAAAUGAACAUGAGUUAUUAAAAUAGAGAAUUUAAUGUACUUGGUGAUUAGACUCUGAUGACCCGCCACGUCAGAACGGAGGCUUGGACGGAGCUCUGACUGAGCUGUCUGUGAGGUGGAGACAGGGAGGAGGUGGGCUGAAUGAAUAACAUGUACAACUGAUAAAUAAUAGUUGUUCUGCUUCAUAGACAUUUGUUUGUUAUAUCAUACUGUUAAAAUGUAAUUGGUUAUAAAGUUUUGAUAUUUUGUAACAUGGUUGUAAUAGAGUAAAAUAAGCUGUGAAGUGUGUUAAGUUGUUUCUGCAGAUUAAAUGAGGACUGCAGAGAUGUGAUUGAUUUCCAAAUGUAACUCAGUGUGUGCUGCAGAUCUGCAUCUAAUAUACACAGAAUGAGCACAUGGUGGCACUGUUGGUUCAAACUAGCUGAGGAAGUUUAGCAACUGUCAAAGGACCAUGUCUGUAAACAUUACUCUAAGAAAACCAAAUGUUAACGGUGUUUCUGGUUAGUUAUUAUUAUAUAAGUAUAAUGUUUUUAUUAUCUUAU